AUGUGGCUCCAAAAAGGAGCUGCAUGGACGCAAACUGGCUGGGUAGGGCAUGACGGUAGACCCGUAAUUACGCCCAGCAUGGUAAAACCCCUUCUCGCUCAAGCACACACCCCCUCACAUGUUGGAAUCAAACAAACCAUUUCCAAUCUUAACCAGUGGUGGCACCCAUACCUGGCUGCUACAGUUAAAGAAUUUAUCGCUAACUGCAGGGUGUGCUCCAUACACAAUGUACGUGCUGGAGUGAAAUGUGCCCCAGGUGUCUUCCCGCCACGGGGACCUGGUGAGGAAGUGGUUAUCGAUUACACAGACAUGGGGGACAGAGUGGAAGGUAAACGGUAUCUUUUGGUUUUCGUGGAUGUGUUUUCAGGUUGGCCAGAGGCGUGGCCCACGGGGAAGGAAGAUUCGAUUUCGGUGAUUAAGUGUUUGAUUAACCAAUAUAUUCCGCGUCACGGUUUUCCACGAAUUAUUCGCUCAGACAACGGUACACAUUUUAAGAAUACAGAUUUGCAAAAGGUUGAGAGUGCACUGGGAUUACGCUUCCGUUUCGGUACCGUAUACCAUCCUCAAUCACAGGGUAAGGUCGAACGCAUGAAUCUCACGCUGAAAACAAAAAUCGCCAAAAUCUGUACACAGAUGAAAGUGAACUGGGUAACGGCGUUGCCUUUGGCACUUUUGUCUGUACGAUCGUCCAUUAACCGCAUGACGUCAUUCACACCGUUCGAACUUUUGACAGGUCGCUCAUUUCCUGGUCCGUUCAACCCAGUGCACCCUGAACCGAUUAAUGAUCUUGAUCACAGAACGUACUUUACCAAGCUGAAUGUUCUUGUCUCAAGCUUUUCCAAACAGAAAACCAUCUCCCCGGCCCAUCCAGACGCAGAAAUCACUCCAUCGGCAGAGUGGGUGCUUCUCAGGGUGUUUAAGCGGAAGUGGAACGAACCUCGUUGGACUGGGCCAUACAGAGUGACUGAGCGCACAACACAUAGUGUCAGAGUAGCUGGUAAAGGUGACACUUGGUUCCAUUGGUCUUGUUGUUCCCCUACUAACCAACCAGAAAGAUCGUUGGAUACGGUAAGAUUGGACCUGCAGGAACUGCAGGACCAAAAGGGGGAAUCCAACACAGGGGAACAACAACAGGUUGACAUUUCACAACAGCAGGUUGACAUUUCCCAAAAGAACACAAAACUAACACUCAAAGAACUAAAGGGGGACUUAUUCAACAGUCCAGAACAUGAAGCAUUAGCUCACUGCAUUAGCAAAGAUUGUGCAUUUGGAAAAGGAAUAGCAUUGGAAUUCAGAAAAAGAUAUGGAGUAGACAAAGUAGUUAGACAACAGAAAGUGGUGGGACAGUGUGCGGUAACACAGGAAGGGCAAAGAACAAUCUUUCACCUGAUAACAAAAGAGAAAGCCAAAGAUUUGCCAACAUACGACACAUUGAGACAAGCAAUAAAGGAACUCAAAAAACACUGUGAAGAACAAAGAGUAAAAAAGUUGGCUAUACCUAGGAUUGGGUGUGGUUUGGACAGACUAGAGUGGGAAAAAGUAAGGGAUGUAAUCAAAGAAGAGUUCCAAAACACAGACAUAAUCAUUACUGUGUAUGUAAGGGAAUAAUAAGUGGAAAAAGAGGAGAUUGUGAUUUUCAAAUAUUUUACAUUUUGAUAUUUUGAUAUUUUUAAAUAUUUUACAUUUUUAUAUUUUGAAAGUUUUAAAUAUUUUACAUUUUACCAUUUUAUGAUUUUUAAUUUUUUUUUUUAAUUUUUCUAUUUUUCUAUUUUUCAAAUAUUUUACAUUUUUCUACUUUCAGAUUUUAAGAUUUCACAUUUAGAUAUUUUACAACUUUCAAGUAUAUUAUAGUUUACUAUUUUUUAUGAAUUUUUAAUUUUUUUUUUACAUUUUUCUAUUUUGAGAUUUUUUCAAAUAUUUUACAUUUUUCUAUUUUCAGAUUUUAAGAUUUCACAUUUAGAUAUUUUACAACUUUCAAGUAUAUCAUAGUUUACUAUUUUUGGUGAUUUUUUAAAGGUGUUACAUUUGACCAUUCUGAUGAGUUUCAAGUAUUUUACAUGUUACGAUUUUUGAGAAUUUCAAAGAUUUCAUAUUUUUUCUACAUAUUGUGAUUUUCAAGGGUUUUACAUUUUACAAUAUUUUAUGAUUUUCAAAGGACUUACGUUUAAUAUAUAUCCUUUUGUGAGCAUCGUUGAAGAUAUUUGAUGACAUUUUGCAAUCUUCAUAUAUGCCUUUAGGAGUAUUUUUGAAGACCAUUGUUUUACAUGUUAUAGAUUAUUUUACGAGGGCAUUUUGAAGAUAUCUUACAAUAAUUUUUAAGUUCUUUUGAUAUAGAGUUGUGUUUUACAGUUUGAUUUUAACGUGUGUGUUUCGAAGUUAUACUACAUCCAGUUUAACUAUAUUUUACAGCUCUCAUACAUAUUUUUACAUCUGUUGUAUGAUUGUUUAUUGUUGUUGGAUGUUUUCACAGUUCUGUCCCAUUAGUUGACAGUUUUCAAUAGAAGGACAAUUAAUCGAUCGUCGUAGAAUAUUGUGAGGCCAAAAAAAGAUUACGUAAAAAUUUAUUGGCGUACUUGCGGUAGCGGCGGUUUAAUAAAUAAAAUAAUAAAUACAUAAAAAACAUUGGAGAGCAAAAAUGAAGAAGAUAGGAAUAUUACUGGUAACCACCUUUAUUGGGAUAACCAGCGGAAUGUUGUCCAUAGAAAUAGAUCCGGAAACUAAACAAACAGUCUAUUUCGAUUUAUGUAAAGUAAUCGAGUGUGGAAACGAUGAGGCAGCAUGGCGAAGACAUGAUGUGUACGGUUGUCUGUGGCCCUCAAACGAAAAGCCAAGUGCGCCUUUCUGUCACUCGUGGAAAUUUGACGUACAUUGGUAUACUCAACCAGGUUGGGUGCCGCAAUCUCCGUUUUUUAGUAAAGCAACUAAAUCAAUUGAACGGUACAAAUUUAUAAGGAGCAUGACAUUUAGAAGAGGUGUAGGAGUAAACGGGGCAGGAAUAAAUCCGAUAGUAAUUGGGAUACCCCCGUCGAAAAAAUGGUUACCGAUGUGGAUAACAAUAGGAGUAGACCUCACAGGGAAAGACCCAAAAGGGGUACUGGAGAUAAAAGCAAAGAAAGUAAGAGUGGGGGAGAGCCUGGCUGAAAAAGUAGAGAAGCUCAAGGAUGAUAAAGAGGCGGUGGUAGCAUUCAUAGCCACAGAUGAGUUAAUAAAUGAGGAAGAGCAAUGGGCGAUGGAGACAGGUUAUCAGGAAGAGAAUAAGUGGUUGGAUUGGGCGAGGUAUACGGCCAGACAGGUAGGUGCGACAGAGUGCUUUGUUUGUGCUGGAGCAAGACCUAGGUUAGCGACCGUACCAAUACAAGAUAGAAACUGGACAUGCAUGGUAAGUUUAUUUAAUAAAGAGAUAGCAGGGUGUGAAGAAUAUGAGAGAGAAUUCCCGCCAACGGACAGGGCAAUACCACCUGGGGUACAGGUACAUAAGGGGAACUAUACUUGUUUUAGGAAUGAGGAAAACCUAGGGGUGAAUAGAGGAACGUUUGAGAAGGGAUGGUGCAAAGAUACAAUAUUAAUUACAGACACAAUCUGGGCAAGGGAAUUGGCUAAUCAAAAUAGAUACAGGGCAGACAUAUGGUGGUUAUGUGGAGACAGGAAGUUGCGGAGUAAGUUGAGAGGAUCCUGGAAGGGAGAAUGUAUGUUGGUAAGAUUAAUAAUGCCGUUCACAAUUAUAAAAACCAUGGAACAGGAAAAUAAACACAGACAUAAGAGAGAUGCGCCUGGAGGAGCAUUAGACAAUAGAGUAUGGAUAGAUGGGGUAGGGGUACCAAGAGGCGUGCCGGACGAGUUUAAGGCCCGAGACCAAAUCGCGGCGGGUUUUGAGUCCAUCAUUUUCUGGUGGUCAACGUUGAACAAAAAUGUAGAUUGGAUUAAUUACUUAUACUAUAACCAACAAAGAUUAGUGAACUUUACAAUUGACGCGGUAGAAGGGAUAAAACACCAGUUGGGUAACACUUCAUUGAUGACGCUACAAAAUAGGAUCGCGCUCGACAUGCUCCUAGCGGAACGCGGAGGUGUUUGUUCCCUUAUAGGUUCCGGAUGCUGCACGUGGAUCCCUAAUAACACCGCGCCCGACGGCUCCAUCACUAGGGCGCUAAACGGGUUAAAAUCGCUGCAAAAAGAAUUGGCGGAAAACUCCGGAAUCGAUAACCCAUUCAAUAGCUGGAUGACAAAAUGGUUUGGGCAAUACAGUGCGCUGAUCACUUCAUUAUUAAUGUCCAUCGCAGUGGCCGCGGCGAUACUUGUAACCUGCGGGUGUUGUUGUAUUCCAUGUAUCAGAUCUUUGUGUAACAGGUGGAUCGUAAAGACGGUGGAGGGAAAGGAUUCUCCACCGUAUCAGAUGCCACUGCUGGGAGCAGUAGGGCUAAACGAGGAGGAACCAAAGGAGGAGGAGUCAGAGGUUGAUCUCCUGUAAAGGAGAUCAAAAGGGGGAAUGAAGGAAAAUUAAUACAUCCCCACAUCCGCAUAUCCUUGCAAUAUGAAUAUUAUCCUUGCUUUGAAUAAUCAUGAUUUUAUUGUUGCAUUAUUAAUGAUUGCAUUGCCUUUAAUCAUAAAGAUUUUAAGAAUAGCUUUAGAAUAUUAACCUUUAGAAUAUAGUAUUAAAGUUAGAAUAGUCUAGCAUGCUUAGAGAUAAGAUUCCAUUGCAUAUGACUCUAAAAGGUCAUGUCUGCAGAUUUUGGAGGCUUGCAGUCUUGUGUGGUAUGUAUGUAUGUGUGUUUUUUAACUUUUGCUUUGCAGAGACACCUGGGGAGAAAAACAGGAUGUCGGGGCGACAGGGUGAACUAAAGGUCAAUGUUGUUUAUAGCAGCAUGAACUUCUGAGACAGAAGUAAAACUUUCCAUCGAACGGGCCCCCACCCAACUACACAUAUAUAUUUUUGGGUCAGAGGGAGAGGCAGAUCAGAUCAACCGCUCCUCGGGGGACCUGUUUCUGCAUUGGUGUUGUGUAAGGACAGGGACAGUUUUGAUCCAGAGCUCUGUAAUACUUCAUUUGAGAUACUUAUUAAAAAUAUUUGAUUUGA